CUCUGACUGCAGCUGAUCUACAGACUGUGUGUGUGUUUCAGAAUAAAACUCCUCUGAUCAAUGAAAACCUGAAGAAAUGUCUCAACACUAAAGACGGACGCCUUGUGGCCAGUCUGAUCAUGGACUUCCUGCAAGUGUUUAACCUGGACUUCAGCCUCGCCGUGUUCCAGCCGGAGAUAAAUUGGCUGAACGGCGUGGACAGUCGGGAGCUGGUCUGCAGAGAUCUGGGUCUGUCAGAGUCGGAGGUCAACAGGAAGUCUCCUCUGCUGCUGGAGCUGGUCAGGAGAGGACGCCACAAACUGACUGAGGGAGACAGAAGUGGAAACAUCCUGAAGGUGAGCUGACACUGUGUGUGUGUG